UGAGGGGGGCGGGGUAACGGACCAGCAGGUUAGAGUGCAGUGCGCGUUGAGGCAACUUGCACUGGAGUAACAGUAAAUCAGACCGAGCAGCCCUAGAAACCCCAGCAGUGAAACUGUAAACCUUAUCGCUUGUAUUUUUGGCCGCUGACAGGACAGCAACUCAGAUCCACCGCGGCCGUCUUUUCUCGGCGAGACUCAAGUGUUGUUCGGCGAAGGGAGCGACAACAAGAGCUGCAGCUGGGGGAGGACCGUUUUACGCCUACUUUUUCCUGCUAAUAUCUCAAUAUUAUAUCACACUGGAAAUGUCCGAAAACAAGCCGAAUGACGAGCCAAAGUUAUCCACGACAGACAGGGUGGUGAAAUCCGUCCCCUUCCCGCCUAGUCACCGCCUGACAGCUAAGGAGGUGUUCGACAGCGAGGGCAAGCCCAAGGUGGAUGUGCUGAAGGCCCACCUGACCAAGGAGGGGCGCGUGGAUGAGACGGUGGCGCUCAGGCUAAUUGGAGAGGGAGCAGCCAUUCUUCGCGCGGAGAAGAACCUGCUGGACAUUGAGGCUCCAGUGACAGUGUGCGGCGACAUCCAUGGACAGUUCUUUGACCUGAUGAAACUCUUCGAAGUGGGAGGCUCCCCCGCAUCUACACGCUACCUAUUCCUGGGGGACUAUGUCGACAGAGGGUAUUUCAGUAUUGAAUGUGUGCUGUACUUGUGGGCCUUAAAGAUCCUCUACCCCAAAACACUGUUCUUGCUGCGUGGGAACCAUGAAUGUAGACAUUUAACAGAGUAUUUCACAUUUAAGCAGGAAUGUAGAAUUAAGUAUUCAGAGAGGGUGUAUGACGCAUGUAUGGACGCCUUCGACUGCCUUCCCCUGGCUGCACUUAUGAACCAGCAGUUCCUGUGUGUACACGGAGGACUUUCUCCAGAAAUCACAAAUCUUGACGACAUCAGGAAACUAGACAGAUUCAAAGAGCCUCCAGCGUAUGGGCCUAUGUGCGAUCUGCUGUGGUCCGACCCCCUGGAGGACUUUGGAAAUGAAAAGACCCAGGAGCAUUUCACACACAACACAGUGCGAGGCUGCUCCUACUUCUAUAGCUAUCCUGCCGUUUGCGACUUCCUACAUCACAAUAAUUUAUUAUCUAUCAUCCGGGCCCAUGAAGCGCAGGAUGCCGGAUAUCGCAUGUACAGAAAGAGUCAGACCACUGGCUUCCCGUCGCUUAUCACCAUUUUCUCCGCACCCAACUACCUUGAUGUCUACAACAACAAAGCGGCUGUACUGAAAUACGAGAACAACGUGAUGAACAUCCGACAGUUCAACUGCUCGCCUCACCCUUAUUGGCUACCCAACUUCAUGGACGUCUUUACCUGGUCGCUGCCCUUCGUUGGCGAGAAAGUGACCGAAAUGCUCGUCAAUGUCUUGAGCAUCUGUUCCAACGACGAGCUGACAACCGACGAGGAGCUGGACGGUGCCACGGCUUCUGCUCGCAAGGAAGUGAUCCGCAACAAGAUCCGCGCCAUCGGGAAGAUGGCCCGGGUAUUCUCUGUGCUCAGGGAGGAGAGUGAGAGCGUGCUGACGCUGAAGGGUCUCACCCCGACUGGCAUGCUACCGAGCGGCGUGCUGUCCGGCGGCAAAGAGAAGCUGCAGAACGCUACUAUUGAAGCCAUUGAGGCUGACGAAGCCAUUAAAGGCUUUUCGCCCCAACACAAGAUCACCAGUUUCGCGGAGGCGAAGGGUCUGGACCGCAUCAACGAGAGGAUGCCGCCGCGACGGGAUGCCCUGCCCUCGGACGCCAGCCUCAACUCCCUCAACAAGGCGCUGUCCUCGGAGACCAAUGGCACGGACAGCAAAGGAAGCACCAGCGGAGGAGGGGGAGGCGGAGGAGGAGGAGGAGGAGGAGGAGGCGGCGAAAGUAUCCAGUAGAUGCCCCCUCGCCCAUGGAUGCCAGCCGUGGAAGAGGUUGGAAGGAUGGGGUGUCGUGUCACUUGCUAGUCUUUGGAUACGCCUUCAAAUUCUUAGUUCCUGCUAGUCAAAAUCUGCUAAGUUAUUGCUCAGCCGCGGGACGCCCCCGUGUGCUUCAUCAUUGAAUGCCAGCCACUCCAGCAGUACGUGAGGCGAGAUGUCUGUUGCUUUUCUUUUCUUGUCGGGACGACCCAUUUACAAUGUACCUUCUUACCGACUGUUGUACGUUUACAAAAAGACAGCACUAAAAAAAAAAAAAAAAAAAAAAAAAAAAAAAAAAAGGUUGAGAAAAGAAGAAGAAAAAAAGGACGGAACACGAGAUGGCGUUUUUAAAAAUGUAAGGGUGUACAAACUAAGUAAGAACUAUUUAUUGAUAUUUUUUUGCUACUCUUAUAUAUAUAUAUAUAUAUAAAAUAGCUCUGAAAUAAUUAGGCAGUCUUAAAAAAAAUGGAAACAAAAAAGAAUGUUGCAAUGUUGUCAAAAUGCCAAAUAAUGGAACGUUUUAUGGUGUUGUACAUAUUACGCUUACCUCAGGUUCUUUUUGGUGUGUGCUUUGACCUGAUUUUUUUUCUCUUUUCUGUAUAAUGGCUAAAUAACUCAUGACCUAUUUUCUUGAAUUUCAUAACUGGAAUUUACCUAUAAUUUGCUAAUAUGUUUAUUUUUUUGUUUUUUUUUGUUUUUUAAAGGAAAGUUAGAUUUAUUAAGGCUUGCUGGAAAUGAGUGUUAUUUUUUUCUCUUUUUAAGUAUUGCGAACAAAGUAAAAAAAAAAAAUAGAAACCCUAUAUUGUGUAAAAAAAAAAAAGUGACUGCCUAUGCAUGUUUUAUAAAAGUCAACAAAGGAAAGAGAAAAUCCGAAUACCUUGGGAGCCUGUUUUUUGGAAUAUCUUGCGCUUUAGUGAACAUAUACUGGAAAACAUUUACCUUGCAUCUUUUCAAUGAACAUCCUCAAAUGCUCUAUGCCUUCUUUUCUAACGGACCUGAGAUGGAUGAUGACCUUGUCUUUUGGCGGCGCUUGUGAGUGCACACAGUCCAAUGACGCAUGUUUGUGAGGUGUGUGGUAUGUGGAACUCCCAAAAUGCAUGAUUAACUGUUCGUGUCAUAUCAACAAGAAGACAGAAAAGAACAAAAAAAAAAAAGCUCAGUUUUGUACAUGUGCCACUCAACGUGUAAUUUGGUUCUCCUAUUAUUGAUGAAGAUUUUUUUUCGGGAAUUCUUCUUUGUAUAUCAGUUACAAGUUUGAUACUGCUCAGUACUUAAACACAAAAUGUUGUUAUUUUAUUUGUUUGUUUGUUUGUUUGUUUUUAGAAACUGCUUAAGUGCCCAAGUAAUUCACUACAAGACAUGAAGCCUUGCUUUUUGUAAUUUUACUUCAAAACUGUUGGCAGAUGAGGCAUGCACUUGCAACUAUGAAAGAUUAGUAUUUUAUAUAACUGUUCAAUAAAAAUGUGCAUGACUUUACACUUGAAA